AUGAUUCUCUAUCAGUUCUUCCUGUUGUCCCUAGCUUCUGCACAGGCCCCAGUGGUCAACCUGAGCUAUUCCAGCUAUGAAGGCAGUUCACUUUCAAACGGAGUAUCGCAGUUCCUUGGAAUGCGCUAUGCAGCUGCACCUGUUGGUGAUCUGCGCUUCGAGGCUCCCCAGGAUCCACCAUUCAAGAGAGAAACUCAGAAGGCCACACGUCAUCGCCCAAUUUGUAUCCCGGUGGCAAAAAGCCCAGGUACAUCUAUAGAGAACACGCAGUCGGAAGACUGUCUCUUUAUAGAUAUCUAUACCCCAACUGACGCCGUUAACUCUGGAAAGAAACUUCCAAUCUACUUCUUCAUUCAGGGCGGAGGCUUCGCAGAGCUGUCAAACCCCAAUUACAAUGGGACGUACUUAGUCGAAGCAUCAGGCCACAAUAUGAUUGUGGUGACUUUCAACUAUCGCGUGGGUCCAUUCGGGUUUCUUGCCGGUAAGGAAGUCGAGCAGGGCGCUAGUCUCAAUAAUGGACUCAAGGAUCAACGCCAGGCUCUUCAAUGGGUACAGAAGCAUAUAAGCAAUUUUGGCGGAGAUCCCAAACAUGUCGUUAUUGGCGGUGAUAGUGCCGGAGGAGCCUCAGUGACCCUGCAUCUUUCUGCCUAUGGAGGACGAAACGAUGGAUUGUUCAUCGGCGCGGCAGCAGAAUCACAGAGCUUCGGGACUAUGCUCAAUGUGUCUGAAAGCCAAUUUGCCUACAACAAACUGGCAACAAACACGGGCUGUACCGACAGCGAUAACACCCUGGCAUGUCUACGGAGUCUGAACGUCAUUGACUUGCAACACCAAAAUAUCAAAACGCCACUUCCAGGAGCAACAGGAGAUCCCUUAUACCUCUACAGCCCAACAAUCGACGGCGACCUGGUCCAAGACCAUACCCUGAAACUAUUCCAUCAAGGCAAAUUCAUCAAAGUACCUGUCAUAUUCGGCGACGUCACAAACGAAGGCACAAUCUUCGUCCCGAGAAACACAUCUAGCAUUGCUGAAGCUGACACAUUCAUCCAAAACCAAUUCCCCGAUAUCACGAAAGCCCAAUUAGAAAAAUUCAACAGCAUGUACCUCACCAAGGACCAAACCAAAGCCUAUCCGAAUGCAGGUUUAUACUGGCCCCCAACCAGCACCGGCUACGGUGAACUCCGCUACAUCUGUCCAGGAAUCGACAUGUCCUCCAUAUACGCCUCCGCCGGCGUACCCAGCUGGAACUACCACUACGCAGUCCUAGAUCCACACGAGGAAGAAGUCGGAACCGGAACCUCUCACACCGUGGAGGUGAAUGCAAUCUGGGGCCCGGACGGCGUGAGUACUGUGCCGCCAGCAUCAUAUUAUACGACGAAUGCCGGAAUCGUGCCCGUGAUGCAGGGCUACUGGACUAGUUUCGUUCGGUCUUUAAACCCCAAUACGCACCGGUUUCCGUCUAGUCCUGCAUGGGGGGCUUGGGUCAGUGGGAAUGAUGCAUAUCAUCGGAUCUUCAUUCAGACUAAUCAGACUAAGAUGGAGACGGUACCGCAGGACCAGAGGACGCGUUGUGAAUACUUGCUUAGCAUUGGGGAGGACUUGAGGCAGUAG